CACGCGCUUUGUUUCACAAAUAUUAAAAUCAUAAAAACCAAAACAAAAGGGAUAAAUAGUCAUCAAAAAAUUAGGUGAAAUGAUAAAAAGGUAUGGCGGAUACCGCAGAAUGUCAAUUGCAGGUCGAGUGCAAGGCCGCAUGUGCCAAACAGACAGCAUGUACCAUUUUCAGCCCUCCACAUGGCUGGCGUCGGAACAGAACUCUUAUCUUGUGCUGCGAGCCGAUGUAUGUAAACGUCGGGACUGGCGAGGUCUUUUCCGCCGAGGGAAAGUUUAAUUGGCACGUGGAUCUGGAAGAGGCGCACUUUGCCAACUUCUGCACAACAAUCCUGGACACGGUCCAGGGAGAAGGCACCCAGGUAAACUUCGGCAAUCCGAUGAUAGUUCAGAUGAGGGCGAGGAUGACACCCAGCAAACAGAGAAUUUGGCCAAUGAAGAGGCUGCCAGCAGAGGUCUCUGAGCAAGUUUUGAGCAUGUGCUCCAGAUCCUCAACGAUUUAGCCGACGAGCGGGGCUGCAAACAUAAGUUGACUUCAUCAAUCAACGGAAGCUGAACGCCAGGUUAUAAGCGAAAGUAUGCUCGUCGAAACGGAACUCGCAAAGAUUCUGCGAUCUGCCACCGCGUAAACCGUUUGAGCUGUAUAAGCUGGCCUUGAAAUAUGGCUCCCAUUUCAUAGUGAGACGACGCUGGAUAUGUCGGACGGCUCGUACAAGAAGCUGAGCAAGUGCAUGUCCCAUACGAAGCACAUCUUCAUCAAAAAUCGUGUGGCAGAGGCCUGUGUGGAUAUUUCGAGGAUGUGUGGAUGCCUGGGCAGGGCAUCGUAUUUGCGACAUUUGCCCCGCAAGAUAGAUCCUAUUUUGUCAAUCGAUGCACUGAGAAGAAGGAAAUUGAAAUCAUUUUGACAUCAGGAGGAUGAGUAUCUUUCGCGUCCCUUGCAGCUCUCCGAUGCACAGAUGGCCGAUGUACUGACAGACAGAACUAUAAGGGGGACCAGCUGGAGCGUGAAUGCCCAGCUUCCCGCAUUACAUCAAGGAAGGCUGUCGGGUCCGGACAAACAGGACUAUAAGCAGUACUCCUGGAGCGACUCCUACUUAGUGGCCGAAUCCCAAUCUCAGGGUGCAGGCUAAAAUUAACACCCAUAACAUGCACAUGUAUGCAUAGAUACUAAUUU